AUGGGCAGUCAAGAUCUCCGCAUCCUCCUCGUCGUCGCAAUCUUCUUUUUCCUCGCCUCCAUCAACCAAUACCACGGCUCCUUCGACGUCUCCUUCGACGAGGACGGCCAGGUCCAGUCUGUACCCGCCGAAGCUGGUGACGACGAUUUGUAUUACACACAUCAUAUUGCUACCUUCAAAAACGAUCAAGUCCGUCCCUGGACCACCGCGGAUACAGUCGCCUUAUCGACAAGGGAAGGGCAGGAGAUAUUUGAGUUCUUGGGUGCCCCACCUGCUUCCCCGCGUCCUGUUCGGGAAGCAUUACCCAUUGGAGAACAACGAUUGGGGCGCGGUAAUGAGGAUAGAGCCGGCUACGACGCCGCAGUAUCAUCGACGGAUCGUUCGAAAGCAGGCGGAAGCGACAAGAUGUUUUUGCAUCUCACGAAACGUCUUCGUGCCUACAGGGGACUCUGGCAACACCUUCAACCGGAUUAUGAGGGUCUGAGGAGCGAGGAGAAACAAGACCAGUUCUAUGUCCGUCCAUCGCUGGACAUGGCGCCCGCAGUACGGCUCCUCCAAAAGAUGGAAUGGUCGUUAUUCCCAUGGAUCCUCAAGACUUAUGCGACCACGUUUGACCUCUACCACGAGACCGUCGCUGCCGCUUCGCGAAGGCCGAUUGACGAGAGGCGUGGGAUAGUGAUGUGUGUAGGCGACAAACAUUCGGUUUAUGCACGGACGACUGUCAAGGUUCUGCGGGAUGUACUCAAAUCCUCGCUGCCGAUUGAGAUCUACUAUGCGGGAGAGCAGGAUCUGUCCCAGGAGAACCGUGCUUGGUUCGACCAAUUGCCUGGCGUCAAGGUGAUUGACAUCACGACGCGGUUGGACCAGUCUCUUCUCCACCUUUCGGGGUCUAUCAUCAAGCCCUUUGCGAUGUUGGUAUCGCAGUUCCAGGAAGUCAUCCUCCUCGAUGCAGACGCGUACUUCCUACAGGAUCCCGAGAACCUGUUUGAUGAUGGUGGAUACCAAGAGGUUGGGACGGUCUUCUUCUAUGGUAGGACGGUGCCCAACAAGAGCAGCAAGGUCUCUCAGGCUAGCAAGCGCGCCUGGCUCGAGUCGUCUCUUCCCUCGGUCUCAAACCACCCUUCCAAGACGCGGUGGUUCCGAUCUAAGGGCAACCAAGAUCAGGAUUCAGGCGUGGUGGUGAUGGACAAGCGGAUUCAUUUCCUGGGCCUGCUGGCGAUCUGCAAGUUGAACGAUAUUCAGGAACGGAACCAAGCUACCUAUAGAGGCAUCUGGGGCGCGCAAGAGUCAUUCUGGAUCGGAUUGGAGAUGAUUCAGGAGCGAUAUUCGUUUAUUCGGUUCGGAGGUGGAGUGAUUGGCGACCUAGGGGAUAGUAUUCCUUACAAGCAAGACUCCCCAAGCGCUCCUACACGGAUGGAUCGCGUGUGCGGGAACCAAUUGCAUUUCAACCACAAAGGCCAACCACUCUGGUGGAACAGUGGUCUAGUGCGCGACAAGACAACAGACGGAUCGCCCUACCUCAAAUACACGGCCUGGAUCCGGGACGAGCACGGGAUCUGGGACAUUGAGCACUCGUGCCUGAUCCAGGCCUUCCAUGGGGCAUUGAAAGAGGUCGAGUGGAACCAUCGGCAGACAGCGUUUGAGAUGUUGAGGAUUGAUCGUGGGGUGGCUCAAGAGCUGGGCCAGCCCUCUGUCAAGAACAUCAUGACGGUGCCUCGGCUUUUGCGGACGGAUGGUGUCAAAGGCGGCAAUGGCAACAACGACGCCGUUUAG